AAGAACGAAAGACAAAACCAAAAAACUCUUACCGUUUGGCGCUCUCGGCCGACGGCCGGCCUUCAAAUUUGUCUCAUACCCGACGAACCCUCUCUCUCCCCAAAGAUUCUCCUUCUCUGCUAUCGUCACCAUGCAAACUUUCUCUAUAAAUGAUUUCUCUCUCGAUCUCUCUCGCUUCGCCUCCAUGACCAACCAUGGACUCCCAGCUUCCCGCCAUUUCUCUCACUCUUGUGUUCUUCCUCUGCACCUUCUUCUCCUUGGCUCGCUCGUCGACGAUCGGCGUCGGCUACAUCUCGCGGCUUCUCGAACUCCAGGACCGCGAGCGAGCUCCUCCCUCGGUGCAGGAGGCCGCGGCUAGCGCCGUUCUCCAUCGGCUGCUUCCUUCUCAUUCUUCCAGCUUCGACUUCCAAAUCGUCUCCAAGGAGCAAUGUGGUGGUGAGUCUUGCUUUAUGAUCAAGAACAAUCCUUCUUUUAUUCAGCGUGGGGAUCCAGAAAUUCUAAUUUCUGGGGUCACUGGAGUGGAGAUUUUGGCUGGUCUGCACUGGUAUUUGAAGUAUUGGUGUGGUUCACAUAUAUCUUGGGAUAAAACUGGUGGCGUGCAGCUGUUUUCAGUACCUAGAGCUGGCUUGCUUCCCCGUGUUAAAGAUGCUGGUAUCUUGGUCCAGAGACCUGUUCCUUUGAACUACUACCAGAAUGCUGUUGCAUCUAGCUAUUCUUUUGCUUGGUGGGACUGGAAAAGAUGGGAAAAGGAAAUUGAUUGGAUGGCUCUCCAAGGUAUCAAUUUCCCACUAGCAUUUACAGGACAAGAAGCUAUUUGGCAGAGGGUUUUCCAGAAAUUUAAUUUAAGCAAAACGGAUUUGGAUGAUUUCUUUGGAGGCCCUGGAUUUCUUGCAUGGUCACGUAUGGGAAAUCUGCAUGGAUGGGGUGGACCACUACCACAUAGUUGGUUGAAUCAACAGCUGAUUCUGCAGAAGAAAAUUCUUGCCAGAAUGUUUGAACUUGGAAUGACUCCAGUUCUUCCGGCCUUUUCUGGAAAUGUUCCUGCGGCAUUGAAAUAUAUAUUUCCAUCAGCAAAGAUAACACGUUUGGGAAAUUGGUUCUCGGUUGAGAGUGACCUUAAGUGGUGCUGCACUUAUCUUCUUGAUGCAACCGAUCCCCUGUUUAUUGAGAUUGGGAGAGCAUUUAUAGAGCAACAACUGAAAGAAUAUGGAAGGACCGGUCACGUAUACAACUGUGAUACUUUUGAUGAGAACACUCCACCUGUAGAUGAACCAGAGUAUAUCUCUUCACUAGGUGCUGCAAUAUUUAGGGGAAUGCAAAGUGGUGAUAAUGAGGCUGUCUGGCUUAUGCAGGGGUGGCUGUUUUCAUAUGAUCCGUUUUGGAGACCUCCACAAAUGAAGGCACUUUUACAUUCUGUUCCCGUGGGGAGGCUGGUAGUCCUUGAUCUGUUUGCUGAAGUGAAACCUAUAUGGACUACUUCACAACAAUUCUAUGGUGUUCCCUUCAUAUGGUGUAUGCUGCACAACUUUGCAGCAAACAUUGAGAUGUAUGGAAUUUUAGAUGCAAUAGCAUCUGGACCAGUUGACGCUCGUAAAAGUGAAAAUUCAACGAUGGUUGGUGUUGGAAUGUCAAUGGAAGGUAUCGAACAAAAUCCUGUGGUUUAUGACCUUAUGUCUGAAAUGGCAUUUCGACACAACAAAGUUGAUGUCAAGAAGUGGAUUCACUUAUAUUCGAAAAGACGCUAUGGCCAAUCAGUUCCUUUAAUACAAGAUGCCUGGAAUAUAUUGUAUCACACUGUCUACAACUGCACUGACGGUGCCUAUGACAAAAACAGGGAUGUAAUUGUGGCAUUUCCCGAUGUUCAUCCUUCCUUUAUUUCAGUUCUGCAAGAAAGGUAUAACCACUAUGGAAAAUCAGUAUCAAGAAGAGUAGCCCUAGAGGAAAUAACUGAUUCAUUUGAUCAGCCUCAUCUAUGGUAUUCAACUUCUGAAGUAAUACAUGCAUUAGAACUUUUCAUUGCAAGUGGAGAUGAACUAUCAGAAAGUAACCCUUACAGGUAUGACCUUGUUGACCUAACUAGACAAGCUUUAGCAAAACAUGCAAACCAGCUAUUCUUAAACAUUAUAGAAGCCUAUCAGUUGAACGAUGUCCAUGGAGUGGCCAGCCAUAGCCAGAAGUUUCUGGACCUCGUGGAAGAUAUGGACAAACUCUUAGCCUGCCAUGAUGGAUUUCUUUUGGGACCUUGGUUAGAAAGUGCAAAAAAACUUGCCCAUGGUGAAGAACAAGAACAACAGUUUGAAUGGAAUGCAAGAACUCAAAUAACCAUGUGGUUUGACAACACAGAGAAAGAAGCUAGCCUGCUUCGUGAUUACGGAAACAAGUACUGGAGUGGACUUUUACGAGAUUACUAUGGCCCACGAGCAGCUAUAUAUUUCAAGUUCUUGAUAGAAAGUUUAGAGGAGGGGCAUGAUUUUCAGUUGAAGGAUUGGAGGAGGGAGUGGAUAAAGCUUACAAAUGAUUGGCAAAAGAGUAGGAACCCAUUCCCAGUGGCAAGCACUGGAAAUGCUCUAGAAACAUCCCGGUGGCUUUACAACAAGUAUUUGAGAAGUUCUGACACAUAAAAUUAUCAAAUGAAGAUGCCAUUGCAUGGAUCAAUGUACUUCCUGUAUAAAAGGAAUAAUCUGUAAACUGGUGCUUAGUGCCGCAAAAUAUCCUUCUUAGUAUAUUUGCCUGUUCUUUCCA